UUGCUGCCUGUGUCAAAAACACGGAAAAGGAGUGUGCCUGAAGUCGGUACGCGCUGUGAUAGUCCUGUGUGUUGGGUUUCUACCUUUCCAGCUUGUCCCCGAAACUCAUUUUUCAGUUUUUGCUAGUGUAAGAAAACAUAUCACUCAGAGCCAGGUGAGCGUUUAUUUGUCUGUGUGCGGUUUGUGAGUUUUCUCUAAAACGAAAGUGCUUGAAGAACUCGAGGAGGGCCCGUGAAGCCAUGGCUGAUAGUAUGGAUGAGGAUAUGGAGGACACUCAGCCUCUCCAGCAGGACCUGACCUGCCCCGUGUGUCAGGGCAUUUUCCAGGACCCUGUUUUGCUGCCCUGCAGCCACAGCUUCUGUCGGGAGUGUCAACACAGAAGUUUACAGUACAAUAAGAAGUGUCCCGUGUGCAGGGAGGUGUUUGAGGAAGGCCAGGCCAUCUCCAACCGUGCACUCAGCAGCGCCUGCGAGACUUUCCUCAAACAGACUAACUGGCGGUCGAGCCAUAAACGUCCCAGUGAGGACACUUGUAACCUGCACCUGAAGCCGCUGGAGCUGUACUGUGAGAAGGACGAGGAGCCAGUGUGCGUGGAGUGCGUCACUCUGCACAGCACGCACAGGCUGUUGCCACUAAAAGACGGAGCACCAAAGUGUAAGAAGGAGCUCAGCUUCAAAGUCCGGAUUUUUGAAAAGAAAGUGGAAACGUAUAAGAAUAUGACACAUAAACUCGGCAACACAGUGGAUUACAUCAAGAAUCAAGCUGGGCAGGCAGAGACACUGAUCAAAGCAGAGUUUCAGAGGCUCCACGAAGUGCUUGUCACAGAAGAAGCUCUGCGUCUAAAAGCCCUUGCUACUGAGGAGGAGGAGAAGCUUGCUGCCAUACAGGAGCUGAUUACCAACACGAACAUGGACAUCGUCGCUCUGAAAGAGCUCAUCGACACUCUGAAGAAGGAGAUGGGCAACGACGAUCUACCCCUCCUGAAGAAUUUCCAGAAUUUAAAAAGACAAGCCCAGUGGACUCAUGAUGACCCUUGCCUCCCUAAUGACUCUCUUCUGGACAUGAGCAAGCAUGUUGGUGCUUUGAGCUUCAAAAUCUGGGAGAAUAUGCAGGCCCACGUCAAAUAUUAUCCAGUGGUGCUGAACCCAAACACAGCCACUCCAUGGCUGUCCUUGAGUCCUGACCUGACCAGUGUGAAGGAAAGCCCAGAGCUGCUGACCACCCCGGAAAACCCAGAGCGCUUUGAUCCCUGCAUCUUUGUCCUGGGUGCUGAAGGUUACACCUCCGGGAAACACAGAUGGGAUGUCAUUGUUGGUGACAGCCCCAAGUGGAUUGUGGGAGUAUGCAAAGAGUCGGUGGCCCGCAAAAAGAAGUUCACAGUCUCUACGAACCGUGGUGUGUGGUCCAUAGGACUCAGCAAAGGGGUGUACACUGUCCUUACACAGGAGCGCUCAGAGCUUCAAGUGCAGCAGCGUCCAGAAAGAAUUCGCAUCAAGCUAAACAUGGAUAAGGGGGAGGUGUCAUUUUGGGAUGGUGGAACAGCAAAGCACCUGAUCACUUUAAAACACGAGUUUAAUGAAAGGAUUUUUCCUAUUUUUGGCCCUGGGCUCCAUAGCACACCUAUGAUUCUGGCUCAGGGAAAAAUGGCUGUGCACACAUCAUAAUGGGCCAGGAUACUGCAGAGCGAUGGCUUGUUUACCUAAACCUGUAGAAUUUAAAUUAAGAAUGAUAACCUUUUCCAAAUGAAAAGCUUUUUAAAAGCAUGACAAACUCAGCAAUCAAACUGGGAUGAAUUCUAACUGUAAUUAGAACAUUAAAUAAAAUAUUAAAAUCUUCCAGUGACGAGAUGAACCAUAAUAAAUUGGGGAAAGAUAAUUGAUAAAGAUAGAAAAUGUUAAAUGGGAUGUAAAAUAUCCUAAAAUCAGAUAUUCCUACUAUAGGAAUAGAAAAGACAGUACAUUGGCUAAAAGCUUCUCACAAAAUAUUUUAAGAAAAGAUUAAUUUUGUGAGGGUGACUUUAAGAUUUGGCAUUAGAAACUAAUGUCAGAAAUAAAUGUUGCAACAGUACAGUAUGUCAGAAAUGUAACUAGAGGAUAAUAUGUAAAAACAUGCAGGCAGCAAGUGAAGAAAGGCAAGGAUAGAUAAACCCUCUGAUGUUAAUAAAAGCCUUGCAGCUGCAUGACCCAUGAGUUAGGUGAGAAAUGUCUUUCUGAAUAAUGACGUGACUGGCUUUCUCUGGGUCAGCAAAGGAGAAUGAAGACCCUUUUUUUUUUUUUUUUUUUUAAAAAGAUCUGCCUAAGCUGAAGAAACUGGGUUGACUGAUCUUUUGCCACUUUAUGAUGGAGAGACGGACAUGUGCAGUGUGCCUGAUGCUGGUGAUCAAUACUAAUGAAAGGUGAAUUAAACAUGCUCUAUUGACUUGUGAUAGAGCUGUAGGAAACUCUGUGAGACCAAGCUCUUAAUAUCUGAGAGACAAACAGAAAACUAAAAAGCUGAGUGUGAAAGUAAUAAUUUAAGUUGCUUGCUUCUCUUGUUACACCUGUCUGUGGGAAUAUAGUGCUAUAUUAACUUUGUAUAUAUUAACACAUAUUAACAAAUAACUAUGACCAUGAUACCAGGUCAUAGUUAUUUGUUAAUAUGUGCUUUAAUUAAUUGUUUAUACUUUUAUAUGCUUUUUUUGAUUAUCCUCAAAUUUUGUAAUAAUCUGUGCUGUUUUUUUCUUUUUGGUUUCAUGAUAAUUGUUUUGGGUUGCUAUUCAUCACUCACUGCAGUGAGACCAGAAAGUAGUCAUACUGAGCAGGCACAGUUUAGGCAACACUUUGAAAAAUGAUAUACUACUGCAACUGCUCUGAAUCUGUACGUUCAGAAAAAUGAAUAUACUGUCUCCAAAUGAACACUUAUUCAAUAAAUUAUGUUCAAAUCAAA